AUGCAAGCAACUACGAACGGUGAGGUUGCGAGCAGCACACACCGAAACAGCGCCUCGACCGCGCCACAAGUAGACAUCGCCAAACAUCGGGUCUCGCCAGCUAGCCUACUCACCGACAAGGAUCAAGCUCUGCUCGGUAUAUGGCUAGCCAACCAUGCGCUCGUCAGAUGCCGUGCUGUCGACAUACUCAAACGGAUGCGACACGAGACCGUUCAAGAACAAGACUGCUGGUUCCUCGGUCGCUAUCCCACCAAGCGAGUCGAGAUUGUCGGCCUCCUCGUCAGCGCAAUCGUCGACACGACACCGCGCAAGGACAACCCAAGCGUCGAUCGACUGAGCAUGGUCAGAUACGCUGUCGACGACGGUACUGCUGUGCUAGAGUGCGUCUGCUGGUGCAGCGAGCUCGCACUCUCGCUGGCCCGAAAGGGCUUGCGAGGCAAGAUGCGAAUAUCACGUGAUCUAGACGAGCAGCUCUGCCAAGAGGCCAGAGAAGGCGAGAUGCAGCCCAGCGAAGCAUUCAAGGUCGGCACUCUGGUGCGUAUACAAGGGAUGCUAGAGCUCUUCCGUCAGAGGCGACAGAUCAAUGUCAGACUCAUUGAGGCGCUCGUCAGCCCAUCAGCCGAGCCACGACACAUCAUCGAAUGCGCACGACUCAAAAUCGAAGUAUAUGCGAAGCCGGUCGAUAUAGGUAACACCGUCUGGGAAUCCCGACGGCGGCAAGGUAUAGAGCGAACGGCAAGAGAGCUCCAAGAACGACAAACAAGAUCUCAAUCGGCGCUUGACAUCAGCAUAUCGCAAUCGCAAGUGUCCGAGACCAGCUCAGCCAGUGAGGGCGAUAGCCCGUCUGGCCUUAAGGAUCCUGCGCGGCUCACUCGUAGGCAGAUCGAGCCCAACAGAUUCAGAGGCUACAUCGAAGAAUUCAUCGCGACGCGUCUUGAAGAGCCUGCCUUCUCGAUUGCUCGCUUGCGGGACGAUGACAAGAUUAGAGCUUUCGCAGCCCGUCUUGCCCGUGCCAAUCAUCGCGCCAACACGCUCACGCCGCUUUCCGUACUCAAAUCACGCAAUGAUUACGUACCGAUUCCCAAAACGACCAGUGUCACCAAACUCAAAUCAACAGAUCCGACCCGUCUGAUCACCGAAGCCGUGCUGGCGCUCUUCAAGGAAGGGUCCGUUGUCCUCGCAGAUCGCUCGAGCGACGCAGCUACAAAUCGGGCUGUGCUGGCCAUGCAGAAGGCAAACCCUAAGCUCACGGUCGACGAAAUCUACGAGCCUGUCAAUGUCGAUACACUCGGUCAAGCGAUAGGCCUCGUCUUACGCAGAUCAGGCUUGCAAGCAUUGUCAUGCGACGAAAUCAGUCAGCAAGUCCGUGCCUGGAAUCCAAAAUGGCAACGUGUCUCGACGGGCAGCAUCGACUCGGUACUCAACGAGCUGUGUGAUCUGCGUCGCGUCUCGGUCGCUAGCAACGAUGGCGCAAGACUUUACCUGCACGCGGGAUCAGAUCUCUCUGCAAUAGCCUAA